CCAAUGAGGUUAGCCGUGGGUGGGACGUUACCAUGGCGACCUGCCCGUCCUGAAGGUUGAUGUCAUGAGCGGCUUGUAUUGGUGGCAGGUGGUGGCUGUAAACAUCCACAAGCUAGGCUAAAGAGAAGCUCGUUCAAGAGUCAAAAGUGUUACAAGACGUAUCUGAUGGGGAUUGUGAGAGGUAAAGUGCUGGCCCAUUGCGCUCUGGUUCUGCUGAGUCUGUGGCUGUGCACCCAUUCACUGCCCAUUGGUGUGGACACAAGCAAUGAGAACACAGAGGAUAAACUGGAUGCCCCACAAAGUGUUAACACUGGGCUGCACUAUGACCGCUACCUCAGGGAGGUCAUCGAAUACCUGGAGAAAGACCCCCACUUUCGGGAGAAGUUAGAAAACGCCAACAUGGAGGACAUCAAACAAGGUAAACUUGCCAAAGAGCUGGACUUUGUCCACAAUAACCUACGCACCAAGCUGGAUGAGCUUAAGCGGGAGGAGAUGAACAGGCUACGGAUACUCAUCAAGGCCAAACACGACCUCCAGGCAGGGGACGGCUGGAAAGUUGACCACCUGGCCUUGCUCAAACAAUUUGAGCACCUCAACCAAGACAAUCCACAUUCGUUUGAGCCGGAAGACCUGGACCGCCUCAUCAAAUCUGCCACAAAGGACCUGGAACACUUCGACAAAGAGCGCCAUGAUGAGUUCAAGCGCUACGAGAUGAUGAAGGAGCACGAGAGGCGGGAGAAGCUGAAGGCCAUGACAGAGGAGGAACGCAAAAAAGAGGAGCAGCACCACGAGGAGAUGAAAAAGAAGCACGCUGAGCAUGCCAAAGUCAACCACCCGGGAAGUGAGGAUCAGCUGAAGGAGGUGUGGCAGGAGUCCGACGGUCUUGACCCGAAUGACUUUGAUCCGAAGACCUUCUUCAAAAUGCACGACAACAACGGUGAUGGUUUCUUUGAUGAGAAUGAGCUUGAAGCCCUCUUCACGAAAGAGCUUGAGAAAGUCUACAACUCCAAGAACGAGGAAGACGACGACAUGGUCGCGAUGGAGGAGGAGAGGCUACGCAUGAGAGAGCAUGUCAUGGCUGAGGUGGACACCAACAAAGACAGACUGGUGUCACUCGCCGAGUUCAUGGCGGCCACGAAGAAGCAAGAGUUCCAACAAAAGGAGGAGUGGGAGACAUUAGAGCAGAAAAACUUCUUCACUGAGGAGGAGCUCGCAGCAUAUGAGCAGCAGCUGGCCAAAGAGGGCAAGAUGAUCCUGGAUCAGGCAGUGGAGCUGCAGAAGCAGAGGGAGGAGCUCCAAAAGAAGCAGGAGGAGCUCAACGCUCAGAAGCAGGGCCUUCAGCAGGCUGUUGAUGAACUGCAAAGAAAAAAAGCCCUAUCCCAGUCCAACGUUAAAGAGUCUGAAGCAAUGGGAGUUGGAAGUGAACCGGUGCUAAAUGUGCAGCCCACACAAACGCCCUCUGUGCUCUGACACCCUUAAUUAGCCCCAACGUUGAGUGUGUGUGUGUGUGUUUGUAGUCAUUUCAACCUUCUUUCAUGUCUACUUUUCUUUGUUUUAAAUACCAGUGGAUAAAAAAGUAGGGUUGCAAAUUUUACAUGGGAAUUUAAGGUGGGAAGUAUUUCAAAAUGGAAACUGUGGAUUAAUAUUAAUUGAAAGCUCUUUACAGAUAUACACAUGCAUAAAUCUAGACUUUUCCCCCAUUAGCAGACCACUAAAAACCAAGUCUCCUUGGCAAAUUUUGGUGGCUUUACAGGAUCAUAGUUGCUCCAUUUUUCACUUCGCUCAGAACUCAAAAUUCCAGCUCAAAAUAAAGCGCCAAAAAAAAAAAAAAAAAAAAUGACCAAGCUCAAAACUCUGAUAAAUUGGGGCAUCAACGGAUGAAUGGACUUGUCCAACAAUUUCUUUUUUGUUUUAUUCAUGAUUAUUCACAAAUAUAUUCCACCUAACAUUUAACUUCCAUUUUUUUAAAUUCAUGGUUUAUUCCCAUACAUUAAAGUUUCCAACUUUGAAAAUUCCUAAAACUUUGCAAUCUUAAAUGAAAGUUAGCCUAAAACGGCUUCUUUACUAUCCACUGGAAAUUGUUGCCACUGAAAUGAAAGCAGGAAAUGUUUCAUAAUAUUUAUUAAUUUAAAUCUACAACUACUGUUGUUAUGGAACGGCAAUCCUGAAGGUCAUAUUUUCUUUGUACCUGUAAUUCUAUUUUUUGAAUGAUUAAUUAUUGGUUUUCCCAACACAUUGUACUUUCUUUGUUCUGACUUUUUACCACCACCUUGUUCUGUGUGGCUAUAAAAUGAAUGAGGCGGCA